AGUAUGUCAAAACCUUCUUCUCAAUUUUUCUUCUCAACUGUUCUUCAGCUGCUUCUUCCCGUCUUAGCUAUGUCACACUUCCGGCGUUAGAUUCAAAAAAAUUAAGCCUCAAAUGGAGAAGAGCGGUGGUUCACUACGGACGCGUUCACAGGUGGCGCCUGACUGGACGCUACACGAGUCACUGACCCUAGUGAACGAAAUGAAAUCAACCCAAAUUGAAUGCGGCAAUACGCUAGCGUCUUUCCAGAAAUGGCAAUCAACGGUGCAUAAUUGCAACUCGCUGGGCGUGAAUCGGAGCCUGAAUCAGUGUAAAAAGCGGUGGGAAUUUAUGCUGGAAAAUUACAAUAAAGUGAAGCCCUGGGAAACGGCGUAUUGGACGACAUCGUUCGAUGGGGAUAGGAAGAGUGAAUUGGGUUUACCGGAGGAGUUUGAUUUCGAGUUGUUUAGUGCUAUUGGUAGGUAUUUGAGUUUGUUACAGGGUGAGGAUGGUGGCGGUGCUGAAACUGACCCGGAUUCUGACCCGGAAGCCCAGCAGGCUCAAGGAAACAAUUCUCUCUUGGAAAUUGGUCUUAAAAGGCAGCGCCGAAGGACGAAACCACGAAAGUACAAAAUGGAGGAAAGGUUGAAUCCAUGGAGACGCAUCUUAAAUGAAAACAGGAAAUAUGAGCAAUCCAUGGUGGGGAUAAAGCAUGAAGCUAGCGUAGAUGCAAAGUUGGAAGCCCCAAGUCAUGAGAAAUCCAGCUUACAGAUAAAGCGUGAGACAUCCAGUCAGGAGGAAAAGGCUGAACUUCCAAGCCUUAGCCUGGUCAAUACGGUAAAGGCUGAGCAGAUUAAUGUAGAUAAUCCGGAAGAAAUGAUGGCUGCAACCCUUAGAGAAAAUGCAGAAUUAAUCACUGCAAUAAUCGAAGGAAGUCCGAUGGAUGAUAGAGAUUGCAGACUUGCUGAUUUGAAGAAUUUUGAGGCUGGACGUGUUCAUUUGAUCAGAAGUCAAGGCAGCCAACUUAUUGAAUGUCUCGGAAAAAUUUCAGACACCCUUAGCCAGCUUUGUGAUUCAAUUCACAAAAAAUAACUAACUUUAGCGUUUUCCAUUAUGGUACGCUUUGUAAUGUGACGACUAAUCAGCUGCGUUUACUUCUAUCUUCAUCAAUGUAAUGAUGAGAUAACUCGGAUUGCUGAGGAUUACAGGAAAUUCUGAUAUUUGUUGAUUCAUCUAUGAGAGACAAGAAAUCCAAGGUGCUCUUUGCAUUAUAUAAUAGUGACACUUCCAGACA